GCCUCUUGCUGGACAUGGCGUCAAAGGUGGCCAUGCGCAGAGGUAAAGCCGUGAGCAGAGCGCGACGAAGCGUGGUAUAAAGUAGCGACAUGUCCAGCAGUUACAGAGAGCCAUGACCAUCAGCACAGCAUCAGAAGACCCGCCAGUCGCCUCAUCGAAACAUGUCCGCCCCCAAGAAAAUCAUCGCUGUCGUAGGCGCCACCGGCAUCCAGGGUGGCUCCGUGGUCAAGGCCUUCCUGCCCAUGGAGGACUGGACCGUCCGCGCUCUCACACGCGACCCGUCUUCCAACAAAGCGCGCGACCUGGCCUCCCAGGGUUGCGAGGUCGUUCAGGCUGAGCUCGCCGACCCUGCCUCCGUCGCCCGGGCCUUUGAAGGUGUCACCGCCAUCUUCUCCAACACGGACUUCUGGGCCCCCUACAGUCAAGCAAACAAGGCCGGGGAGACCCGCGAAAGAGCCACCGCGUUUGGCUUCCAGGUCGAAUUCUCCCAUGCCAAGAAUGUGGCCGACGAGGCAGCCAAGGUCCCUGGACUGGAGCGCUUCGUCUACUCCGCACUCGGACCCAUGAAGAAGGCGUCCAAGGGCAAAUAUCCCAACUCAGGCCACUGGGAUUCCAAGGCGGAAGCCGUCGACUACAUUGAAGCGUCGUGCCCCGAGCUGCAGGGCAAGGUAUCCUUUGUAUAUCCCAGCGUCUACCACACCAACCCGUUCCUGCUGCCGCACAAGUACCCGCACAUUGGCGACUAUGCGAUCAUGCUGCCAGGCGACGAGACAAUGGUGAUGCCCGUGAUCCACACUGAUAUCACGUUUGGCAAGUUUGUCCGAAACCUGAUCGUCGACGAGGAACCCGGUGUCAAGCUCCUGGCGUGCGACGUGGAGGUGACCAUGCGCGAGGUCGUUGAUACCUGGAACCGCGUCACUGGCCAGAAAGCUACCGUCACCACCGAGACGGAGGAUAGGAUGCAUGAGCUCACUGGUCUGCCAUAUGAGGUCCUCGACGGACCUGCUUACUUGGCCGAAUACGACUUUAUGCACGGCGUCACGGGCAAGGUGAUCCGGCCAAAGGAUUUGAAGGUCAAGGUUGAGACGAUGACUUUGGAGGAAAUCAUGCAAUCGAGGGGUCUGGACGCCCUGCUGAGCAUUGAGCAUCCCGAUCUGUAGAUGUUGCCGAUCGAGUACCACAUACGUAGUCAAAUGUUGGUGGCCGCGCCGCCUUCAGUGAGAAUAAUGUCACAUUGUUUGGUUCCGUGUUAUACAAGCGCCCCAACACCAUCCCUGUGAACAUGACUGCUAUAUCCUGCGCCAUCUAGUUCCCACCGAGCACAUCACGCCGCCGUGAAGGCAUACCGG